GAAGGACCAGUCAAUGCUAUUGCUUUAAAUAAAGAUGCUACAUUGUGUGUUGUUGCUGGCAGGACAGUAUUUCGAAUUGUUAGUGUUGAAGAAGAUGGGUUUGCUGAAAAAAUUAAUUUACGAGUUGGAAAGAAUAUCAAUUUAAAUUAUUGUGCUGCUGAUGUAGCGUGGAAUCAUCAUGAUGAGAGUAUUCUGGCAUCAGCUGCAACUAAUGGUUCCGUGGUUCUCUGGAAUCUGAAUAAACCAAACAGAUCAAAACAAGAAUGUGUAUUAACAGAUCAUAAGAGAACUGUAAAUAGAGUUAUCUUCCAUAAAUCAGAUGCUUCUAUCUUACUCAGUGGAUCACAAGACGGAACUAUGAAACUUUUUGAUAUAAGAAAACAUGCAGUAACUACAACAUUUAGUGGUAAGAUGUCUGAAAGUGUGCGAGAUAUUCAAUUCUGUCCAAAUCUAGGAUCUGGAUAUUUUAUUUUCGCUGCUGCCUAUGACAAUGGAAACAUACAACUAUGGGAUAUGAGGAUGUAUGAUAGAUGUAUUAAACAGUUCCCAGCUCACACCGGACCUACAUUUAGUAUAGACUGGCAUCCUGAAGAAAGAGAUUGGAUAGCUACUGCUGGCAGAGAUAAAAUGAUUAAGGUAUGGGAUACUAGUUCACAUCCAGAGAAAUUGGUGAAAUCUGUACAAACUAUAGCUUCUGUAGCCAGAAUCAAAUGGAGACCACAAAGAAAAUUCAACAUAGCUAGUGCCUCUUUAUUAUUAGAUCACAAUGUAAAUGUAUGGGCUCUAGGUAGACCUUAUGUACCCUUUGCUACAUUCAAUGGCCAUAAGGAUGUAGUUUCUUCAAUCAUCUGGUUAGAACCACAUAUGUUAUUUACUAGUGGUAAAGAUGGCUUUUUAAUGCAGCAUACUUUUAAAGAUGCCAAACGUCCUGCAGAUGAUGUUAUUCCUGCUGGAAUGGAUGUUGAUAUCUUUGGAAAUAUUUCUCAUGCGUUUGGUGACAGGAAUGGCACCAGUAAUCCUGAAGGUGGUAAACUGUCUUUUUUUACCAGUAAAACUCCAGAAAAGAAGAGUGAUUUGUUUACAGAAGCUCAUAGUUAUAUGUUUACUCAUAGAAACAGACAUAGAGAUGAAAACAUCUUUAUUGAAUGUGCCAAAGAAUAUAAAUUAUGUAAAAUGUCAUUUGAUAGUCUAUGUGAUCAUAAUGCAGGAAUAGCUAAAAAAUUCCACAUUCCACAGAUUGAACAUAGUUGGAAGAUGUUACAUGUAUUAUUUUGUAAAAAACAUUUAGAUCAUAAUUUAUCUAGUCUAACUGCUGACAAACAAGAUCUGGAUAAAGGGAAAUCUCCUCUAGGUGCUAAAAAAGAGAACCACUCAGGCAGUAGAACAGAAUUAAAUGGAAUAGACUCAGAAACAAAUAUUUCAGGUUGGAGUGAUGAAGACUCAGAAGGGGAAUAUUCAGAAUAUGAAAACACACUAUUGGCUAAUAUAGCUAGUGGUUUAACCAAUCAACAAGCAGAUUUUUUCUUUGGUGAUGGUGAACCAGAUAGAAAAGAUUAUGACACCCAUACCUCUAGUUUUGAUGUUUUAGCUCUGAAAGAUUACAAACUACCAUAUGAAGCUAUUCAAGUUCGUCAUGAAUUAAAAACAGUUUCACCUGAAGAUUUAGCAGCUGGUCAUCAGACUUUAAUUAAUGAACAGAAUAACUCUACUGAUAAUCACAUUUCACCAUCAGAAACCGAAGAUGAUAGUCUCAUCAGUAUACCUUGGAAACUAGAGGUCAACAAUGUAUCCAACAUUUCUACUGUAGUUAAUAUACUUAAACAGUUUGCUGAACAGGGUGAUGUACAGUCCACUGUUUCUAUGUUAAUUGUAUUAGGAGAUAAAAUAAGACAACAUAUAGAUAGUGAGUUACAAGAAACCUGGUUUUUAUCAUAUAUUGAACUACUAGGAUACUAUGAAUUAUGGACAGUAUCAGCAGAGGUUAUCAAGUUAUGUCAUCUGAGUUCAGUCAAUAGUUUAAACAGUCAAUCUACCACUAUACAUACCUACUGUUCACAAUGUAGUCGACCUUUAAUGAAAGCUGGCUGGUUAUGUGAAAAAUGUAAAACUGUCACCAAUAAAUGUAGUCUAUGUCAUCAGACAGUCAAGUUAAUGUACAUUUGGUGUCAAGGUUGCUGUCAUGGCGGCCAUAUUGAACAUAUUCAAGAUUGGUUUAUGAAAAAUAAGGAAUGUCCUACAGGUUGUGGUCAUCAUUGUGAAUAUACUUAG